CCGAAACGCCAUGCGUUUAACAUUCAAUUCCAAGCGCAAAAGGCUUUCAUAUCAACGUAAAGCCAAAACUCUCUCUGUGUAGAGCAUUCUCUGGCUCAACAAUGGCGUUCAAGAAAACCCUAGCUGAGCGCCUCUUCAAAAUCUCUAAAAUAUCAAAUCAUUCUCUGUCGAAUUGUCGUAUUUCCUCUCCUGUCAUCAAGACCCGAAUCCCUCAAAACCCGAGCAAUACCAAAAUUGCUCCUGAUCCUGGAGAUAAUGGCAUAUUCCGGCGAUUGUUCCACAAGAGAGCUAUCUUCCAGACUCCUUCCUCGCCAGAGAUCCGGUCGAUGCAAAUCGGAGAAACCCUGGUGGAGAAACUUAGGUCGUUUGACAUUGCAAAGAAUAGGAUCAGAUUGGAUGGUCUGAUACCUCCUGCAAUCAAAUAUCUGGAUGGAUCUCGGCCCCAGAGAGAGCCGGAGAAGGAAGUUUUGACGGUUGAGGACGCGAGGAAGUUGCUGAGGGCGGCGCAAUUGGAGAUGGUGAAAUCGAGGCUAAGAGAGAUGGAGAAUAGCUGGAUAACUUAUCCUGAGUUUGUUCGGAUCUGCGGCGAAGGCUAUUCGGAUCCGGAACAAGGAAUCCGAGUGGCGAAAACGCUUGAUGAAUCCGGAACCGUAAUCGUACUGGGAAGUGCUGUGUUCCUCAAGCCAGAACAGGUGGUGAAAGCAAUUGGAGGACUAAUCCCAUUUCCAGCAACUAGCCCCAACGAUCCAAGAAGAAAGGAGCUAGAACACAUGGAGAAGCAGAAAGCUGCAAUCGACAACAAAGCUAAUACUCUUGUUCGCCGAGAACUUUGGUGUGGGCUUGGUUAUUUAGUUGUUCAAACAGCUGCGUUCAUGAGGCUUACCUUCUGGGAACUCUCAUGGGAUGUCAUGGAGCCUAUUUGCUUCUACGUGACAUCCAUACAUUGCAUGGCAGGAUACGCCUUUUUUCUCCGGACAUCCAAAGAGCCUUCUUUUGAAGGAUUUUACCAAAGCAGGUUUAAUGUCAAGCAGAAAAAGCUCAUGAAGCUCCAUAAUUUCAACGCGGAGAGGUAUAAUGAGCUUCGAAAAAUUUGUUACCCUAGCUCGGCAUCUUCAGGCCAAAUACCGGCUAUUUCUUCACUUGAUCAAGCCGACAAGGCUUGAAAUUCAAAUUGAAAGACAAACUUGCAAAAGAAUCAUACAAUUUUGUUUAAUUUUAACCUAUUGUCAUGUAAAUUUAGAAUUAGGUGCGGCUUCCUUCCUGUAACCUGUGGAGAGUUUUUUUACCCUUACAUCAAAUGGAAAUAUAAUAAAACAUUCAAGUUUCUAGCCAAAAAAA